AUGAAUUGUGCCAAUUGCGAUGAGUCAAAAUUUGUCAAGGAUUGCCUAACCUGUCAAAAAUCCCUCUGUCGAGUUUGCCAAUGCAAAGACAUAUGCACAGCAUGUGAAUCUUGCGGCCCAAAAAUCCAUAUAAGAAGUAUCUAUGAUCUUAUAUCGCUAUGCGAAAAAUGCUUUUCCAACAGAAUAAAAGAUUUUGAAAGCCCAAUAUGCUUUUUAAACUCCUCAGGAGCAGGAGGAGAAGAAGAAGACUUAACCAACAUUCAGCAGGACGUCAACUCAAUUAUCAAUAAAAAUAUUUCUGACAUAUUGUUCUAUGCUUUUCGAAAAAAUAUAGGGGAAAUAGGUGUAGAGCCAAAUGAGUCAAAUAUGGAGGAAAGUUUGAUACAAGAUAUCAAAGAUAAAGUAGUAUCAAAACUCGAACUGGUUAUUAUAGCAACUAAUACUUUGUCUCAUAGUAUUUUAAAAGAUCUCUGUGAGCUGAUAAGAGAUAUGAAACUGAAUAUUGUUUGGUAUAAGCCUGACUUAAAAGAGAUGCAUGCUAUAGUUCCAACAGCUUCUCGCAAAGCAAAGCCAAAAGACUUACUUGUCCCUUUAGUGAAAAAGAAGGAUACGGCAGUAGUAGAUAUAUUUUAUAAUUUUUUUUGAUUUUAAUUUAGAACUAACUCCCCCCCCCCCCUCCGUGAGCGAACAAAACCAUUAGAAAAAUCGCCAUUUUUUGACCAAAAACCCACCCUCCGUGAGUGAACAAAAAUUUUUUUAAUAGAAAAAAUUUAAUGGAAAAAAAUUUUGAUAUAUAAGUGAUAAUUAGUAUAAUGAAAUCUAGAGCUAAUUCUGUUUAAAUUUUAAACAAAUUGCGUUUUAAAACAUAAAUUUUGCAAAUUAAAUUAAUAUUUGCUUCCCAAUUUUUGCAAAUUAGGAUUUUUUUAAAUUUCGAAAAAAAUAUUUUUUAUAAAAUUUAUAUAUAAAUUUUUUUUAAAAAAAAAAAUUACCCCCCUCCGUGAGCGAACAAAAUUUUUUUGUUCGCUCACGGAGGGGGGGGGGGGAGUAAGUGAAAUUUAAUUUUUUUAUUUGUUAACUUACCCAUGAGGGGGAUUUAGCAAAAAUUAUUGAUGAAAUUUCAUCAGAGGGCUACCCACUCUGCACUCAAAGCAGAAUUAUAAAGAAAUUCCAAGAUAAAAAUUUGAGGUUUGACUUUAAUAAACUUAUAGAGACCACAGAAAGAAAAAACUAUAUAAAAUUGCUGCUCUUUGAAGAGGAAAGCGAAAAUUAUUUGCUGCUUGCUUCUAAAAAUGCACCUGCAAUUAAUUCUGAAAUUAUUGAAGGCACCAUAAAAUUUUUUGAAAAUUCCAAACUGGUGCCAUUUUUAUUUAGAAUCCAGGAAAUGCUGCUGAAUGUUUAUGGAUUCGAUGCGUCGUUGAAUUUUAUAGAGGGAUUUGUGCAUGAUAUUCCUGGCUAUGAAGUAUAUUCCUCAGAAUAUAGGCAGGAUCCUCAAAAUUACAUUAAAAAAGUAGACGAUGGAGAAUUCAGGACAGUUUUUCAUAAUGGCCAAAUAAAUCAAAAAUCUUUGGAAAAAUAUGAAGCAUUUUUAGCAUUUUUAGAAAAAUUGAUAGGCAAGCGUAUGCCAAAAGGAGUUUUAGCCUUAUCUCUCUUAUUUAAGCAUUUAUAUAUGAGAAAUAAGCCAAAACUUUCAAUUCAAGAGAUCUAUGAGUUUUUUGAAUUCGGAAUCCAAGAAAGAAGUAUUGCAAUCAAAAGAAGAUUAAAUUCUGUUAAUUUGGCAGGCAUUAAAAUCCUUAAUUCACUAUUCGCUCCAUUCAACACGUGCACUGAAAGCUGGCAGAGUGAUUGUCUUGAAGCCCAGGCUGAAACCUCUCUGAUUUCUCAGUAGCGACUCUACCAAGGGUCCAUAAGACUCUGCUGAGCGUCUAAUGUUCAAUCACAAACUUAUUUUUAUGACGCCAACCCUUGAGUGCUCACAGGAGAGAUCAUUCUUAUUAUGAGAGCUACUUUAAACUGUAGAGACACCCUCGCUGGAGGCAACCAGCUGUCUAACUUAAUUCCCUCUUUCUUUAGUCACUCGAAGAAAAAACUAAAUAGCUUUUACCAUUGGGGAAAUCACCAAUACAUUCUAAGCAGGUAAGUCACCUUCUCCAUAUUGUGGGCGCUGCAUGGCAAAAACAAUGCGAUUAAUUGCCCUAAGUUUAAGGAAUUAGGUUAGGUUAAUUAAAGUCAGGUGUUUGCCAUAUUGGCAACUUAGUCACUAAAGAUCUCCCAUACGGAAGGUUCAAACGCUUUUCGGCUUCAGCCCAGAGGGUAUAUCCCCAAGAGUGGGUGCCACUUCCGGCCUUUUCUGUCUCCUCCUUGCCCUGCGGUUUCACUCUUGAGUGGAUGGCUUAUGGAUUUCUGCGGCCGUGAGGCGGACGAUUGGAGUAGCUUAACUCUAAAAAUCCUUGGAGUCUGUCGGGUGUCGAAAUGCCUACCUUCAACAGCUACAGGAAAAAAGCUGCUCCCCUAUGGCCUGGACUGAGACCCCCAGUUUCUCAGUCGAGAAACGCCCAUAGGUCCUUGGAUCCAAAAUGGCUUCACUUAGAGACGCUCAUCUCAACCGUUUUAUGCAUAUACAACAAAAGAAAAAAACUUGUACAAGUAAGCCAAAUCAAUAAAAGAAAUAACUCUGACAACCACAACAUUCCUCUAUUUAAAAAAACUGACUUCGUUACCCCUCAAGAAUGCAUAAAUAUGGUUAUUGGAAUUCUUCUCGAGCGCAGGCACGGGAUACAAAUAACUGACUUAUUCCACCUUGUGAGAUCUUUAUUUUCUCCACGAGUUGUGAGCUUAACCUACCUUGGCUAUUUUGACUUCGAAGACCUGCUGACAUGUAUAGAUGACGUAGAAGUCGCUAAUAAUUACGUCAUUUACAGUCUAUAUAAGCAUCCAGAAGAGUGUCCAUAUUGUAUGGAAGAAUUAGAAGAGGACGACACAAAGCUCGAAUGCUCUCAUCAAUUUCAUAACGCUUGCCUUAUAGAAAUUGUGAAUAAAUCAAUAAAAAAGUCUCAAUCUGGGGUAAUUUGUCCGAUGUGCAGGACUCCACUUACAGAAAAUAUGAUAAAGUAUAUUAUAGACCCAGCCAGACAAAAGAAAAAAGUAGAGAAAAAAGAUGAGAAAAAGCACCCUGAAAAGAGAAAAUCUAAGUCACAUCCGAAUUGGCUGAUACCUGGGAUUAUGAAGUGUUUUACGAAUAAUUGCCAGUAUUUUUUUGACCCUGGGUGUGCUUGCAAGUAUACGUGCCCGCUUUGCAAAAUUGAAUACUGCUUAAAGUGUGCAAUAGAAACCAAGAGAGAGUGCGAAUGUGCAAUCAAUGCUGCAAAAGAAAAUCAGGAAUUCCUGAAUUGGAUUGAAAUGAACAACGGCAAGGUCUGUCCUAAAUGCGGAAUAGUGACUUUGAAUGAAACUAAUAAAUCUAUAGUAAAAUGCUCUUCUUGCCACACAACUUUUUGCUUCCAAUGUGGAAAAUUGAAAAAGGGCUGCGUUUGCUAA